AUGAAACGUGACAAUCUUUCUCAAUCUCUACAACUAAGUUUUUGUACUCGUUCGCCAAGAAACGUGUUGUAUCUCGGAGAAGAUAGACUCAAUUCGAUGGCAGUGAAUCUGGUAAAGGAAAGUCGCCACAUAGGUACUCCAAGAGCUAGUUUCAAGCAACGUUUUCACCAAUUUCAGAAACGAAGAGAGAGGGAUAGAUAUCGAGUUGUGAUUGCCUCAUUCAGAUCAAAGAAUAAAAAAUGGGUCGUUGCAAAGAAAAAGGAGAAAGUCAGCUCUCAUACAUUCUCGUUUCCUCCUCUUAGACAAUUGACUGUGAGUGAUGAUGAGUGUUACAGGGGAGAUAUCUUGGUGAUGAAUCUACAAAAGGCUAGUGAAGUGAGUUUACUAGAAGGUGCAGGAACGCUUUGUACUACAGUGAAGGAAAGAAGUGAUGGGAUUUUUAUGCAAGGAAGAUUCAUGGAGUUUGAGGAUGUUGAUGUUGUUAAGCGUCUAGCCUGUAGAGUUUGUACCGGUAACAAACAACCAACUGACCCUGGGAGAGCUAAUCGCGUAUGCGAGCGUGGUGGUUUAGAGGUCAUGAGAAGGGACUUGAAAAAGUUGCGUGUUGGGUAUAAAAAAGGAAUUUUGAGGCGGAAGCUACUUUUACUCACAGGUUUUGAUUUGGAAAAGCUGCUCAAGUCGUUAGAUGUUCACUUAAGUGAGAACCUUAGCAAAGAAACUCUUUUCUUGUUCAUCCACCUUGAGGACAAGGUGGAUUUUUCAGGGGCGAGUAAAGGUAAUGACAGAAGAUGGGUUAGCGACACAGUAAAGAAGAAACUAAGAAAUGUCAAAGAUGAUGUUAACAAGGAGAGGAGUUUGUGUGUUCUAUUAAAGCUACUGAGCCACUACCAAGACGUCAAUUGCUAUAGGUUGAUCAAGAUCAAUAAGGACGUUGUAGCUAUGAUAUCAAAUAAGUUCAUUUGUCUUGUGAGAGAUCAAUCUACUUUGAUAGAGACCAUGUCGACCCAGCUCUUUCAGUUUCAUCUUGGAAACUUGGUUAAGAUUGAUACCAACUGUGAAGUGUCUCAAUCGUCACGGCCACCUGAACUGUUGUUUGGAGAAUGGCAGGAACAGGAGAACCUUAGAGCAACCCGUGAAGCCCAAAAUAUAGAUAUGACAGUGGAGAAUAGACCGUUUGACAUGAAGAAGAAAACGUGUAGCACUCAUGUUUGGAAGUCACUGUCUAAGGACCCUCUCUUACAGUUUGCAUUCUUGGGGAAAGUAUCAAGAUUCCGAAACAGAGUUUCCAGUGAUGGCAAGCUUUUGGAGCUGUUCUUUUCAAAGUUGGUCUCAAUAAUUGAGAACACAACUGCGUGA